AUGGUCAAGUCAUACUUAAAGUAUGAGCACAGCAAGUCCUUUGGCAUUGUCGCAUCCAACACAUCGAACCUCGUCUGGAACGCCCAAGGUCGAGCCGGCAGUGGUGCCGGCCAGGCAAUUGUAGCCGCAAAUGAGGAAGUUCUCUGUUGGGACAUUAAGAAGGGCGAGCUCGUGAAUCGUUGGAGGGACGAGAGGAACACUGUGCCCGUCACUGCCAUCUCACAAAGCAAGGUCGACAAGGAUGUUUUCGCCGUUGGAUACGAAGAUGGAAGCAUUCGUCUUUGGGAUAGCAAGAUCGCCACUGUGAUUGUUAACUUCAACGGCCACAAGUCUGCAAUCACAACACUCGCAUUCGACAAGUCUGGUGUACGACUGGCUUCUGGCUCCAAGGACACCGAUGUGAUCAUUUGGGAUCUCGUGGCUGAGGUUGGCCAGUUCAAGUUGAGGGGGCACAAGGACCAGAUCACUGGACUCCAGUUUGUUGAACCGGAAGCACAGGUCGAGGAUGAAGAGAAUACGCAGGCUAUGGCGGUGGACAGCGACCCGUCGGCCGAGGGUUAUCUUCUUACGACCGGCAAAGACUCCUUGAUCAAGCUCUGGGACCUUUCAUCGAGACACUGCAUUGAAACGCACAUUGCACAAACCAACGGAGAGUGCUGGGCUCUGGGCCUUUCUCCUGAUUACAGCGGAUGCAUUACGGCCGGAAACGACGGAGAAUUGAAGGUAUGGUUCUUGGACACCGUAGGACUUGCGUCCCUGAAGGGACAGGUCGACGCGCCGCAAUCAACAAAAUUCCUCCACGAUAGAGGAACUUUGUUUCGCCAACAAAAGGACAAAGCUAUUGAGGUUGUCUUCCACCCUCGUCGCGAUUACUUUGCAGUCCACGGCACAGAGAAGGCUGUUGAAGUGUGGCGCAUAAGGUCCGAAACCGAGGUAAAGAAGUCUUUGGCAAGGAAGAGGAGGAGGAGACGUGAGAAGGCGACUAAGGACGGAAAAGCGGAAGAGGACGCUGUGGCCGAGGGCGAAGAGCAGGCAGACGAUAUGUCAAGUGCCGAAGCCAGUGACUUCUUCGUUCAGUACGUUAUAGUCCGCACGGGCGGCAAAGUGCGGUCUGUAGACUGGGCUGCCACCAGUGGCAGUAAGGAGAUCAACCUCCUGAUUGGAACAACCAACAACCAGCUCGAGUACUACAGUAUUCCAACAAAAGAGGGCUCCAAGUCGAAGAAAGAGGAGCAGCCUGACUACACAAGGUCGCUGGCGGUGGACCUCCCCGGACACAGAACAGACAUCCGCGCUGUGUCUCUCAGCUCCGACGAUAAGAUGCUUGCUACUGCUGCCAACGGCAGCCUCAAAAUUUGGAACAUCAGGACACAGGCAUGCAUUCGGACAUUUGAAUGUGGCUACGCUCUGUGUUGCGCCUUCUUGCCGGGUGACAAAGUCGUUGUGGUCGGCACCAAGACUGGAGAGCUUGAGCUCUUCGAUGUCGCUUCUGCAAGCCUUCUUGACAGUGUCUCUGCACACGAAGGAGCUAUUUGGUCAUUACAAGUUCACCCAGAUGGUAAAUCUGUGGUUUCUGGCAGUGCUGACAAGUCUGCUAAGUUCUGGGAUUUUCGUAUUGUUCAAGAGGAGGUCCUGGGAACAACUCGCACCACACCAAAGUUGAAGCUCGUUCAAUCAAGGACACUCAAGGUGUCCGACGAUAUCCUCUGCGUGCGUUACUCUCCUGACGCCAAGUACAUUGCCGUAUCACUGCUUGACAACACCGUCAAGGUCUUCUUUACCGACAGCUUAAAGCUUUACUUGAACCUUUACGGCCACAAGCUUCCCGUCCUGAGCAUGGACAUAUCGUAUGACAGCAAGCUUAUCGUCACUAGUUCUGCCGAUAAGAACAUUAGGAUAUGGGGUCUCGACUUUGGUGACUGCCACAAAGCCCUCUUCGGUCACCAGGACAGUAUCUUGCAAGUGGCCUUUGUUCCGCACAACUCCGACGGCAACGGACACCAUUUCUUCAGCAGCAGCAAAGACCGCAGCAUCAAGUACUGGGAUGGCGACAAGUUCGAGCAGAUCCAACGUCUCGAUGGUCAUCAUGGUGAGGUUUGGGCCAUGGCUGUUGGUCAUAGCGGCAACUUCCUUGUCACCGCCGGCCACGACAAGUCCAUCCGUGUGUGGGAUGAGACGGACGAGCAAAUCUUCCUUGAGGAAGAACGCGAGAAGGAGAUUGAGGAGCUCUAUGAAAAGACCCUCACUACCUCCCUCGAGCGGGACCCGGAUGCCGAAGACCAGGAUGGUGAGGUCGGCGCUGCCUCCAAGCAAACCGUCGAGACCCUCAUGGCUGGUGAGCGCAUCGCUGAGGCCCUAGAGAUUGGCAUCGCCGAUUUGAACUUGCUCAAGGAGUGGGAGGAGGCCAAAAAGUCGAACCCCCAUGCCCCUCCCCCGCAGCGCAACCCUAUCUUCAUCGCUCUCGGUAACAUCACUGCUGAGGCGCAUGUCAUGAGCGUUCUGAGCCGUAUCAAGGCAUCGGCCUUGCACGACGCACUGCUCGUCCUCCCCUUCUCCACGGUCCCGAUGCUCUUCACGUUUCUUAAUAUCUUCGCCAAGCGCUCAAUGAAUAUCCCUCUGACCUGCCGCAUCCUCUUCUUCAUGCUCAAGACGCACCACCGCCAGAUCGUAGCCAGUCGUACCAUGCGCGGCAUGCUUGAUGGCAUCCGCGCUAACCUGCGCGCCGCGCUGAAACGCCAGAAAGACGAGAUGGGCUUUAAUAUUGCCGCGCUCAAGGUUGUCGGGAUGCAGAUCCAGGAGAAGAGCGUUAAGGACUACGUCGAUGAGAACUGGGAUGACGGUGAUGAGAGCCGAUCCGUCAAGAAGAGGGCGUUUGUACAGGUUUCGUAA